CUUGAUGCUUGUGUACCUUUCAUAGGCAAGGAGCUGUAGCAGAGCAAUGAAGGCUGUUGGAGUUGUUGAGGCUUCGUGUGAGGCUAUAUUUCAGCUUGUGAUGAGCAUGGACACCACCCGCUUUGAGUGGGACUGCAGUUUCCAGUAUGGCAGUCUAGUGGAGGAGGUCGAUGGCCACACAGCAAUACUGUACCAUAGGCUACAACUGGAUUGGUUUUCAGCAUUUACUUGGCCUCGUGAUCUUUGUUAUGUACGAUAUUGGCGGCGUAAUGACGAUGGAAGUUAUGUUGUGCUAUUUCAAUCAAGAGAGCACCCAAACUGUGGUCCACAACCAGGAUUUGUUAGGGCACACAUUGAGAGUGGUGGUUUCAACAUUUCUCCACUGAAAUCCCGUAAUGGGAGAGUCCGAACACAAGUACAGCAUCUUAUGCAGAUUGAUUUGAAGGGUUGGGGGGUUGGCUACUUACCUUCAUUUCAACAACAUAGCCUCCUUCAUAUGUUGAACAGCGUUGCCGGGCUCAGGGAAUGGUUUUCACAAAGUGAUGAAAGUCAAAUACUUCCUAGGAUUCCUGUUAUGGACAAUAUGGCCCUAUCGGUUUCUUCUAAGAAAGGCACAAAAACACAGGAUAAUACUGUGCAAACCAGCCUUCCGGCGGAUGAAAGUAGACAUUCAACGGUUGAGGAGGAGUCUGACGAAGAUGAAGAAUUCCAGUUACCUGAAUCUGAGCUAGAGCCAUCAACUCGUGAGCUCGAUGCAGAUGGUAAACUACUAGGGUUGGAUGAGGAAGAUUCAGGUGAGAUUGAUUUUUCUGGAUUUUCUGGAAAUUUACGCCGGGAUGACCGUGAUAACAGUCGUGAUUGUUGGAGAAUAUCUGAUGGAAAUAACUUCAGAGUGCGAAGCAAGAACUUCAUAUAUGAUAAAAGCAAGGUUCCUGCUGGAAAGCCUCUUAUGGAGCUUGUUGCUGUUGACUGGUUUAAAGACGUGAAACGAAUGGAUCAUGUUGCUAAAAGAAAAGGAUGCGCUGUUCAAGUUGCUGCCGAGAAGGGUCUUUUUUCAUUGGCAAUAAAUCUACAAGUUCCUGGCACAACGAACUAUAGUAUGGUUUUCUACUUUGUAUCAAAGAAACUGAUACCGAACUCCUUGUUGCAACGUUUUGUUGAUGGCGAUGAUGAAUUCCGCAAUAGUAGGUUCAAGCUGAUCCCAUCUGUACCGAAGGGCUCAUGGAUUGUCCGCCAAAGUGUUGGCAGCACACCGUGUCUCCUGGGCAAAGCAGUUGACAUCACCUAUAUCCGUGGUGCAAAUUAUUUGGAAAUAGAUGUGGACAUAGGUUCGUCUACGGUGGCAAAUGGAGUCUUGGGGCUUGUGUGUGGCGUGAUCACGACGCUAGUUGUGGACAUGGCUUUUCUUGUCCAGGGCCACACAUACGAGGAGCUCCCGGAACGACUGAUCGGUGCCGUUCGGAUGUCGCACAUAGAACUAUCAUCUGCGGUUGUUCCUGUGCUUGAGGAUUAACCAAAUUACACUACUAUUGCUCAUUUGGUCCAAGUGAUGCUUGCAACGUCGGCAUCCAUCUCCUCUAUUUCAGUCUUGACAAGACACAGUAGGGUAUACAUAUAUACAGGCAGGGAACCAAGGGUUGGCGCUCGUGCCAUGCCAACGACAUACUGAACGCGGAGAAGCAAUUAAUUUUUAUGUGUAUGUAAUUAUGUAUUGCACAUCAUAAUUCGGUGAUGUGAUGGCAAUCUCGUAGGUGUUAGAAUUGUGUCAGCAAAGAAAAAAAGAAGAUACCGAAAUUAGGGCUAGGAGACUGGGCGAGGCCCAGGUGAGGGCCAGUUCAGCGCGAAUAAAAAAGCCAUGUGUUUGCUUUGUUUGGAACUUGUAGGAAAGGGGCUGAGAUGACAGUUCCAAGUUCAAAGUUGAAACCACACAAGCCAUUGUUCAUGUACUAAUAUGUAACUUGAGACUGCAAUAUAAGAUCGUGCCACUGAUUUGCAGGA